AUGAAGACAUGGGGGGGGGGGGGGGGGGGGGGGAGCGUGAAACAUUUCGAGGCUGGGUGGUUGAGGUUUGAGCGAGGUGGAAUGGGAAAAGGCAGCGCCACUGUGUUGGUUGUAUCCGAUCCUUCCCAUGACUCUGACAUGUUGAAAAAACACUUAAGUCCUGUAAAGGUUUUUGCUGAUGCAGGCCACGUCCAAUGCACACAACUUGGUCUCCGGCCUACCGGUACCUAUCAAUAUGACACGACAACCCAUCCAGCAGUCGAACUCGCACUAAGCGGUAUCAAACUGGACUAUGUUGCUCACUAUCUGAGCCCCAAUCACCCAGCACACUCUUCCAAUCAUAACCAAAACCAGGCUCCUCCUUGA